UGUAACUCAGCUGAACUCACAUCUCCUGUCAACAUGUCCUACAACUGCUGCUCCAGAAACUUCUCCUCCUGCUCCCUCGGGAGCUACCUGCGCUACCCAGGCUCCUCCUGUGGCUCUUCCUACCCCAGCAGCCUGGUCUACAGCACCGACCUCUGCUCUCCCCGCCCCUGCCAGCUGGGCUCCUCUGUCUACAGGGGCUGUCAGACGACCCGCUGUGAGCCCGCCAGGUGCCAGACGUCCCAUGUGGUGUCCAGCCCCUGCCAGGUGUCCUGCUGCCGCCCAAGGACCUCCACGCUCUGCAGUCCCUCCCUGUCAACUUACUCUGGAUCUCUGGGCUGUGGGUCCAGCAGCUUCUGCUCCCAGGGCUGUGGAUCCCUCGGCUUCAGAGCCCUGGCUUGCGGAGUCCAUGGUUUUCCUUCUCUGAGCUAUGGCUCUCGAUUCUGCCUUCCAUCCUACUAGAUUUCUGAGACUUUCCAGUCUUCUUGCUACGGAUCAACCUGUGGAUCUGGCUUCUAUUGAUCAUAGUAAAUUUUUAAUCUUGUCCGAUAUCAUCAAUGUCUCUCCUCAUCAUCAUCUGCAGAAAGGAUUACUUUCUUAUUCUCUGAUUAUCAAAUUCUUACCUUGUCUCUGGCCCCAAAUACUGGCUGAAAGACUAUCUGAAAAAUUAUGUAAUUCAUGUAGUAAUUCAAACAAAGUCUGAAGUCUGAAUUGGAGAUGCAAUUCAUGUUAUUGGAUUUUUUUUCCAAAAUUGUAUCAAAAAUCAAAUCACUAAUAAAUUUAUUGGU